AUGCUCCCCUCCCCGCCAGUCAUCCCCGUCCUCAAGGAUCAGGCCACAAGAGACUUUUUCCACCUCCCCUCAGACGACGACAUGCCAUAUGCUUCAGGGAUCAAUCAUUCAAGGACAGCACCUUCUCAUCACCCGUCACCUACUACCUCUUCUGCGGCUGGUUCUAAUCAGCCAAAGGUUAAUAUCCUGAUGUCUUCUCCGCCCGGUCCUCGCGCUUCUCUUCUUGCCCAGUUCCGAACUCUUGAUACCGAGGAUAGGUACAGAGUGAAUCCCGCGGAUGUCCCUCCUAGACCCACCUCGGCCAACGCAAACCUAUCAGAUAACGCACUCCGAGGACUCAAACGACUCUCAAACGAAGCCCUCGCAACAAACCGUGGAGGCUCACCUGUCUCUGCACCCAUCGCCAACAGUACUAAUGGAGGAGGAGGACACUCGGACAAUAACAGCAACAACAGCAACGAAGAGGAUCAGUUGCGGCUACUCUUCCAAAAGAUCGACUCCCUCAACGAAAAGAACAACAAACUCGAAUACAAACUUGCAGAGUCGGCCGAGCAGAGGCGGUAUGCCGAACAUGAACAGCGUCAGACGCGCCAGGCCUAUGAACAACUCACCAAGGAGAAGCACGACCUCCAGGUCAAACUGGAUGCACGGGAACGGGAUUACCAAACAAUGUCCAAGAAUUAUCUGGAGCACGUCCGCCUCAUCCGCGCCACUGAUGACGACCACUCGACCAUCAUCGACCGGCUCACACAGCUCAAGACGUUUAUCGAACAAAUGGUCCGCAAGGCCCAGGGCUCACGCUCCUGCAAUCUCAACCGGACCGCCGCAAUCGAUUACCUAAAGUCUUAUGGACUCCUCGAGACCUUCCCCAUUGCCGAAAAGAACCUCGAGCCCUUCCACAUCAACCUCUUUAUGGAGUCCGUCGUCAUGAAUGUCCUCGUCUCACGGUUCUUUGACCAGCCCCUCUGCUGCGUCUUUGAAUACAACAAGGGAUUCGCACAGAUUUAUGACUGGAUGAACAGCCGGAAUCAUUCCCAGGCUGUGCGAUGGCGCCAACAACUCUGUCUCAUGCUCACCCAGGAUCCCGAGAUAAAGAGCCGACAGGAGAAGGAGGUGGCAAUGACCGCCGAUGCGUUGACGGAGCUGAUCACAAAGGUCUACAAUGGCUCGAGCGAGGGCCUCAAGAUCCGCGACAUCUGCAAUAGAGCGUUCGACCUCUCAGUGGCGAUGACGGGAAUAGAUUCGGUCAUCAAGCCUUCUGUCCCGCCCCUCAACAUGCCCUUCGACGAGGAGUACAUGAAGUCGUCGCUCAAGAGUAACCCCCAGGGCAAGAUCGCCCUUGUCAUCUUUCCUGCAUUCAAGGACCAGGAGGAGAACUUUAACAUCGGCCCCAAAGUCUGGUGCUACUAG